AUAAUGCAUCACUAAAGGACAGCGAAAACGCAAGCGUCCAAGGUACAAAUAGUUUCUCCUGAGUAAAACCCCUAAUGGCUGAGGAAUAAAUGUAAAGGAUCUUCGUCUGAUUUAGAGACGUGCUUCGUUUACGGCUCGUGUUUCAUCUCAGAGGAGUUGGACGGUUCUUCUUUCAGCGCUACAAAACUAGCUUAUUUUUUUUUCUUCAGCAGCAUGGCAGAGCCACAGAGAAAAGGAGAGCUGCUGCCCGAAGAUGUUGGUACAGACGAGUGCCUGACUUCGUACACACACAUCUACAGUCCAGAUUUACUAAAAGAUCAGGUUGCCUUUAUCACAGGUGGUGGAUCUGGAAUUGGAUUCAGGAUAGCUGAAAUCUUCAUGAGGCAUGGCUGUGACACAGUGAUUGCGAGCAGGAACUUGGACAAGCUCAAAGAAGCAGCUAAAAAGCUGUCUGCUGUGUCAGGACGCCGCUGUCUCCCUUUAUGUAUAGAUGUGAGGCAGCCUGAGAGCAUCGCAGCUGCUGUGGAUGAGACACUGAAAGAGUUGGGCCGCAUAGACAUCCUUAUAAACAAUGCUGCUGGAAACUUUCUCUGCCCGGCUGCCUCACUCUCCUUCAAUGCCUUCAAGACAGUAAUGGAGAUAGACACUAUGGGUACAUUCAACACCAGCAAGGUGGUUUAUGAGAAGUGGUUCCAGAAUCAUGGUGGCAACAUAGUCAACAUCUCUGCAACACUUGGAUACAGGGGACAGGGCCUCCAGGUGCAUGCUGGCUCUGCUAAGGCUGCAAAUGAUGCCAUGACCAAGCACCUGGCUGUGGAGUGGGGGCCCAGUGGGGUGAGAGUCAAUACUGUGGCUCCAGGUCCUGUCUCUGGCACAGAGGGCUUCCGCAGACUGGGUGGUCCCAGAGUGGAGGCUGCUGGUGCGUUCCAGUCCAUUCCUUUGCAGCGAGCAGGCAACAAGACAGAGAUGGCCCACUGCAUUCUUUUCUUGGCCAGCCAGGCCUCCUCCUAUGUGACUGGAGCCAUCCUGGUGGCAGACGGCGGGGCGUGGCUGACCUCAGCCAACGACGUCUCCAUGCUGAUGGGUAUAGCCUACUCUAAAUCUGCUAAACUCUGAACAGGGGCUCCCCUGGCCUCCUCCUGACCCAGGUUAUUGGUCAUCUGAGAAGAAAAGUGACAAGUAAAUGCUGAAAAGAGUAAUUUAGGGGGCAUCUGUAGUACAGUAUUUGUGGUUUAUCUCACCCACUGUUGCCUUAAGAGUGUAUUGCUAAGUGGCUCGAGGAGUUGAACACUAACAUACUAUAUGUGCUGUAUUAUAUUUGUUUACAAUCUUAGUAAUGGAUCAAAUUAGAUAACAAUUAGAGGAUUUCUCACACAUUAGUGCUGUGUAUUGUCAUCAUGCAUUUCAUGUAGUCAUGUUUAUUACAUGCCAUUUAAUAUGAUUUUUCAGUAUCUUUCAUUUAUUGUUAAAACUUUUAUAAUUACAGUUAAUGGUGACUACUGUUUGCAUUUACUUUUGCAAGUAAUUUGUUUCUUUGCAAAUGUACAGACAACUGUCUCCUUGUCCUCUGAUUGCUGUUUGACUGGUUAUGCAUUUUCCUUGAUCACUGAAGCUUGAAUUGUACCUGUAGGAAGGAGCAGACCGCAAAUCAGAUAGAUUAAAUUAGUGGGUCCCUACUUAGGGGUCAGGACCCCACAUCUGAGGGUUGAUUGAAGGAAAAAAAGAAACAAAAUAAAACCCCAAAAUGUU